AUGUUCCCGAGCAUGGCGUCCGUGAUCACGUCCUGCCUCUCCAAUACCACCCUGGCCGUCCGCAUCAGCGCCUCCUGGGCCCUUGCCAAUAUGUGUGAUGCCCUCGCAGCUGCCCACAAGCGCCUCGCUGAAGCCCCCAUCUCCCCCGCUGCCUCGGACCUGGCCACUUUGGCUGCCCCGGCCAUCGCUGCAGCCAGCGACUCGGAAAAGGUCAGGGCCAAUGCUGUGCGGGCGAUAGGACACCUCCUGGGAGCUGCUGUCUUUGGGCCCACUGGCCCACGGACCUCAGGGACCUGCAGGGAAAGUCAUGAGCCUGGAGCACAGGCCUCAGGGACCUGUGAGAAAAGUCGUGAUGGCCAAAAAUCAGAUGGCCACGAACCCGGCGGCGUCAGAGCAGCUUUUCAAGCUACCGGCUGCCAAGAGGAUUCGUCUGAAUCUUCCAGAGUCCGGACCCAGAAUCAGAUUCCAGAUCUUUCAGACUCUUCCAUCAAUAGCCCAGCUAAUGAGGAUGGGAACCGCAAAGGCAACGCCUCAGUAUCUGGAGCUUCUACCAAGUUUGAUUCCGCAGCUGAUCCACAGCUGCCGGAAUCCCAUGCCUGGCUGGGCCCUGCCGUGCGCUGCCUGACCUCUGGCAUGUCCGCCGCCAGUGCCAAGGUGCAGUGGAACUCGUGCUACGCUGCCGGCCUGAUGGCCGCCAACCCGUCAGCCCUCAAAGCCGCCCAUGCCUCCCAUAUCUUAGAGCCCAUCCUGGCUCGCCUUGGGGCCCUUGUCUGCGAGAGCGGAAACUUCAAGGUGCAGACUCAUGCGGCAGCAGCAAUAGGGGCUGUGCCCAAGCGGCGGCAUUUUGGGGCCACCUAUGCAGGAGUGUUGGGGAUGAUCCUGUCCAGGCUGGAGGCUUUGGCAUCCGGGCCACAGGCAGAGCCGAUUGGAUCGAUACAAUCGAGUUCGGUUGGGGGAAGCGAUGGCGAGCGACAAGGCGAGGAAGGCAGAGAGUCCACGGAGGAUGCGAGCUUUCCUAAUUUCAGGUACUGUGCAGCGCUGAGGGGGGAGCUGGAGGACACGCUGCUGCACCUGCUGACCCUGAACGAGAUGGCGGACGAUGAUGCAAUCAGGGGCGUCGUGCUGCCGCAUGCUGACCUCAUGGCGACACUGCUCGGCAACGCGCUGCAGGAGGGAAGGGGGUGGGAAGCUUCUCGUCGGUGUGCCACAGCAGCGGCUUCUUCAACAACUUCGAGGGCAGCUUCCGAUGGGAGGCUCGCAGCGGCUUCUGAGCUGGCUUCUGGGGGACUUCCGCCAAUUGGGGAUGGGCAGAGGGUAGAGAUUGGAAGGGUCGAGAAGUUUAAGGUGGCGUUGGGCGUGCGGGAGCGGGGGCCGAAGGACCGAGUGUUGAAGACGGUGAUCAAGGGGCUGAUGCGCAUGGAGGGGGAGUUUGGCAGGUGGGGCCGCGACCUCGGGGAGUUAAUAGGUGACACGGAUGGAGUGGUGGUGGAGCCGAGUGACCUAGUUGUAGGGAAAUGA